UGAAACAUUCCAAAUUCCACUCAUUCAUUUCACCCUAUAUAUUGGAUUCUCUCUAUAUCAUUAUCCCCAUGAUUACCACCAUUGAUUACCACACAUAAACACAAGGCCCCGCUCUGAGUGCUUCUCUUAUAAGCACAGGACAAAAGCACUUUGGUUUUUGAAGUUGAAGGCUUGAAGAGAAGGGCAAUGAAAUUCGGGAAGGAGUUCACGAGCCACUUGGAGGAGACGAUCCCGGAGUGGAGGGACAAGUUCCUCUGCUACAAGCUUCUCAAGAAGCUCCUCAAGCGCUUGCCCGCCGCAGCCGUCGAUGCCCUGCCUCACCCCUUCAAUUUUCAUCGACGGCUCUCAGAUGCCGACAACGGUGCCACCAGCCGGCCCUUGGCGGACCUCCAGGAUUGGUUCGUCGGGAUUCUCAAUGACGAGCUCGAGAAGCUCAACGAUUUCUACGUUGAUAAAGAGGAGGACUUCAUUAUUCGCUUCCAGGAGUUAAAAGGAAGAAUUGAGGAAGUUAAAGAAAAGAGCAGCAGAGGUGGAGUUUUUACGUCAGAGUGUGAGUUUAGUGACGAAGUGAUGGACAUUCGUAAGGACUUUGUCACCAUUCAUGGGGAGAUGGUGCUUCUAAAAAAUUAUAGCUCGCUAAACUUUGCAGGGCUAGUCAAAAUUCUAAAGAAGUAUGAUAAACGAACUGGAGGAUUGUUGCGUCUACCUUUCACACAACUUGCCCUUCGUGCACCUUUCUUUACAAUACAACCUCUCACGAUGCUAGUGCGUGAAUGCGAGGCAAAUCUUGAGCUUCUCUUCCCAUUGGAAGCAGAAGUCAUUGAAUCUACCCCAACCACGCAAGACAAGUCCAACCCCCAAUUGAACAGUUCGGCUAAUGUGGCAUCUGACACACCUUCAAACCAGGAGGCAAAUAUGGAUAUAUACCGUGGAACAAUUGCUGCAAUGAGGGCCAUACAAGGCCUUCAAAAAGCAAGCUCGACUUGGAAUCCGUGGUCAUUUUCAAAUCACUUUAGAAAUCAGGAUGAUGAGAGUACUGGUGCUGUCACAGCCGAGAACUCUGAUUCAAACUCUGCAGCAACCUUGCACAGCAAAGAGGAGGAUGAUCAAGAGGAUAACCAGUCUCUGUAAUAGUGUUCAUCUUAUUUGUUGAUGUUGUACAUUCUAUUCACUUUCUCUCGAGUCUUAACACACUGGAUUUGUUUUGGCGGGCUCUGAAUUGUAUAUUCAACAGAUCUAAUAAGGUGCGAGCCAUAGAAGAAACUUAUCAUAGGCAUUUAUUAGAAAGUCUCCUGUUAGAAGAUUUCAUUAUUGCAUUUGAUGUUGUAAUAAUCUAAAUCUUGCUUUUCAUAGUUUAUAGAAAAGAACGUCAUUCUAUUCUUUUUA